AUGUCACUCGAGCCCAAGGAUUUCCCUCAAAUGUGGCAGAAGCCAUCAAGUGAAGACUUACUCACCACCUUGAAGCAGCUGGAACUCUGCCCCCCGAUAUGGAGUCACAAGCGCAAGCGAUCGGAUAUCGUUCACGAGCAGGAAGCCACGGCCUACUUUCGGCGUGAGGUAUCAAUGUACCUCUCCUCCAUCAUCAAGAGCGGACUUGCAUGGAUCGAGGAUGACGAUGAGAAGGAGGCGAUUUGGACGGAAGCCAGCAAAAGGAUGACGGAGCGUUGUGGACGAACAGCAAUGGGCGAGAUUACCAGGCGGUGGCCCUUCAGAGAGGAUGCUCGCACUCCAACGUUUGAACUCAUUAUUCGGGAACCGCCCCUGACUGGCGACUCACUCGGUCUCAAGACUUGGGGCUCGUCCUAUGUGCUUGCUCAGUACCUACCUAGUCUUGGACCUACGUCUCUGUUCCGUCUUUUUGAUGAGUCACUUGGCCAGCCUCGCCCGCCCGUGUUGGAGCUGGGAUCCGGUACUGGGCUUCUCGGUCUGGCGGCAGCUGCCUUAUGGAAGGUCCACGUCAUCUUGAGCGACUUGCCCGAUAUCAUGGAAAACCUGCGGUUCAAUGUCGAAGCCAACCGUGCGACUGUAGAGAAGCUCGGAGGGUCGCUCGAUGCGGGGGCUCUUACAUGGGGAGGCUCAGGGGAGGACGAAGUCGACCAAGAUCUCUUCGAGAAGAAGAAUCAGUUCAAGGUCGUCCUUGCCGCCGAUCCGCUCUACGACGACAUCCAUCCAGGCCUCUUGGCCGGUGCUUUUUCAGAGCAACUUUCCCUUGAAGAGGAUGCUCGUGCAGUCGUCAUGGUUCCGUUGAGAGAUGAGACAACCAAAAGACUUUUGCAGAACUUCAGAGACGCGAUGAAGAACCAAACACGCCCGCUUGCCUGCAUCGAGGAAGGAACUCUUGACGGGCAGGACGAUUGGGGCGAAGCCGACGAGGGCUCUCCGUAG